UCUUAGGCUGGGUUACUGCUUCUUCCUCUCUCGCUUGCUCUCUCUCUUUUGUGAGUUAUAGCAACUGUUGCCUUGUGAAUCAAGCGCCAUAGUCACUGUAGCCUUGGUGACUGUUACUCAUCAACAACAGCUGCUUUUCUGCUGUUUUCCAUUUCCUUCUUAAUCGUCACCUACAAGAACAGCCGCUACCAACAAGAACAACCUUCCACAAUUCAGAGACCACGAUGCAGACAUCAGAGACUGGGUCAGACACAGGUUCAACUGUGACUUUACAGACAUCUGUGGCUGGCCAGGCAGCAGUGCCAACACAGGUAGUACAGCAGGUACCAGUUCAGCAACAGGUACAGCAAGUACAGACUGUGCAACCAGUACAGCAUGUCUACCCACCCCAGGUUCAGUACGUGGAGGGAAGUGGCACAGUCUAUACAAAUGGAGCUAUUCAAACAACUUAUCCUUACACGGAAACCCAAAUGUAUAGUCAAAACACUGGGGGAAAUUACUUUGAUACUCAAGGAAGUUCUGCACAGGGGACGACAGUGGUCUCUUCUCAUAGUAUGGUGGGCACUGGCGGGAUUCAGAUGGGCAUUGAAGGAGGACAGCUCAUUAGCAGCUCAGGAGGGACCUAUCUCAUUGGCAGUUCAAUGGAAAAUUCUGGUCAUUCAGUGACUCAUACAACGCGGACAUCCCCAGCUACAAUUGAAAUGGCGAUUGAGACACUGCAAAAGUCUGAUGGUCUUUCGACUCACAGAAGUUCUCUUCUCAACAGCCAUCUCCAAUGGCUUUUAGACAACUAUGAAACUGCAGAAGGAGUGAGCCUCCCCAGAAGUACCCUUUACAAUCAUUACUUACGUCAUUGUCAGGAGCACAAGUUAGAUCCAGUCAAUGCUGCUUCCUUUGGGAAACUCAUACGGUCAAUCUUCAUGGGAUUACGGACCAGAAGACUGGGAACCAGGGGAAAUUCCAAAUAUCAUUAUUAUGGGAUUCGUGUCAAACCAGAUUCUCCCCUUAAUCGGUUACAAGAGGAUAUGCAAUAUAUGGCUAUGAGACAACAACCCAUGCAGCAGAAACAGAGGUACAAGCCUGUGCAAAAAGUGGAUGGAGUUGCAGAUGGCUUCACAGGAAGUGGUCAACAGACAGGCACAUCUGCUGAACAAACUAUAAUUGCCCAAAGUCAACAUCAUCGACAGUUUUUAGAUACAUCUCGAAUACUUCCAGAGUUUGGAGAAGUUGAAAUAUCUUCUCUACCAGAUGGUACUGCUCUUGAAGACAUAAAAUCAUUGCAAAGUCUUUAUCGAGAGCACUGUGAGGCAAUAGUGGAUGUUGUUGUGAAUCUUCAGUUUAGCCUGAUAGAAAAAUUGUGGCAAACUUUCUGGCGCUAUUCCCCUUCUGCUCCAGCUGAUGGCACUGGUAUUAUUGAAGCAAGCAAUCUGACUGAAAUAGAAAGUCGACUUCCAAAAGGAAAACUGAUUACUCUGUGCAAAAAUGAGUCUAUUCUGAAAUGGAUUUGUAAUUGUGACCAUGUGAUGUACCAGGCUUUGGUGGAGAUUCUCAUUCCUGAUGUCCUUAGACCUAUUCCUAGUGCCUUGACCCAAGCCAUUCGCAAUUUUGCAAAAAGCCUUGAAGGUUGGCUUUCCAGUGCCAUGAACAAUAUUCCACAGAGAAUGAUAGAAACCAAGGUUGCCACUGUAAGUGCCUUUGCCCAGACUCUGCGAAGAUACACAUCGCUUAAUCACCUGGCUCAGGCAGCUCGAGCUGUGCUUCAGAACACUUCUCAGAUCAACCAGAUGCUCAGUGAUCUCAACCGUGUUGAUUUUGCCAAUGUCCAGGAGCAGGCUUCCUGGGUGUGUCAGUGUGAUGACAGUACAGUUCAAAGACUAGAAACAGAUUUCAAGAUGAUUCUACAGCAGCAGAGCACUCUGGAGCAGUGGGCUGCCUGGCUUGAUAACGUAAUGAUGCAAGCAUUGAAACCAUAUGAAGGAAGACCCAGCUUUCCUAAAGCAGCACGACAAUUUCUUUUAAAAUGGUCUUUCUACAGCUCAAUGGUGAUUCGAGAUUUAACCUUACGCAGUGCUGCUAGCUUUGGCUCUUUUCAUCUGAUCCGCUUGCUUUAUGAUGAGUACAUGUUUUACUUAGUAGAACAUCGUGUUGCUCGGGCAACAGGAGAGACACCUAUUGCAGUUAUGGGAGAGUUUGGUGAUUUAAAUGCUACAUCCCCUGGAAAUAUGAAUAAAGAUGAGGGCAGCGAAGUUGAAAGUGAAAUAGAAGACAUGGAUGAAAAUGGAGAGCCACAAGACAAGAGGGAGAAAACAGAACUGCACCAGGUGGGCUGUGUGCAGCAGCCAGCGCUUGAGAGUGGAGUAGAGCAGAACCUCCUGAACCCCCUUCAUAAUGAGCACAUUGUUGCAAAUACUCAGACUGUCAGACAAUGCACUGCUACUGGAAAUACAUAUACUGCAGUCUAAUAUUGAAGCACCACACUUACACACAACUACAUUAGCCCUGUUGAUGCUGGACUAAAUGUGGGGGGUGGAGAAAAUCGGUCUGAAAGUUGACAUCACAUUUUUAGCUAUGCUGAACAUUACCUUUUAUUACAGUUGUGAAAAGAAAUGGGUGUAUGUAUGUUGCCAGGUAUUUAAAAAAAAAUGUAAGCAAAAUCAUUUUACGUUGGCUACUCAAUGAGUUUUCCUCAUUUCAAGUGUCAAGGAAGAUUUUUGCCAAGCUUUGAAUGUUAAUGCUUUUGUCCUCUUAUAAUUAAAGUAACUUAAUUUUUUUAAUAGUUUUAAAAAUUAUGUUAAUGUUAAUUGUCAUUAUUAUUUCAUAUACAUGGGUUUUUAAUUAGGUGCACUUCUGUAAAAUAUCAAAAUAAACACUUUAUUGUAUUUUUACUGGAGGCAUACUCAUUUGAUUGCAUAUGCAUCAAAUUUGUCAUAAAAGGUGCUUUUCAUUGAACAGAACUAGAAGACACUAUUUUGAUGAAAUUGCGAUCAUUCAGGGGGUAUUUUUAUGAUAAUGCUGGAGGACUGGGAAGAUUUACCAUUUUCUUUCUGUAAGGAAGAAGUGUUUUCACUGCAUUUACAAAUGCAGAAUGAUAGAACUGUAAAAAUGCGGUAACGUGUACACUGUAGGCAUACCAAAUUAUCUGAUCACCAUGUAAACAAUACAAGCUGCCUUUAAAAUCCACAGCUCCAGAUUUUAUUUGCGUGCCAGUUCCUCUGGUUUUGGAAACUACUGGUUCUAUAUUUGGGACCACUGCACAGAUGCUUUUGGUGGUUGAGUGGUAUUGUAGAAACUGAACCUGAAAAGAAGUGACUUUAUUUAUUUUUUUUAAAGUGUAUAUGCUACUUAUGCUGAACUGGACAUACAAGAAAACAUUCAAUUUGGAUGACUUUCUUCUAUUCCAAGUAUUUUCCUACUAAUUCAAUCUGCUGCUCUCAUAAAAGAUAAUUUAUAGAAUGUAAGGAAUGUAGCAACCCACAUAAUUUUCUUUUCAAAAUAUAUUUCCUGAUUCUUAAAGUAAAUUUAAAUUUUUACAAAACUUUAAUAAGGUACUAUAACUGGCACAUCUCACUUGUACUUAUUUCCAAUUGCAUAGAAUUUGAAUAGGUGGCUAGAUGGACCACUGCCAUUUAAGAAUGUACAUCAGGGAUCAUUGUACCUCGGCUAUUACAUGGUGCCUUAAAUGGAACUGAAGCUAAGAUUAGUAUUUUUUGUUAUUCUUAAUAACUGUUAAUUUUUUUCAUGAAAUGUUAUUUUUUUCAUGAAAAUGUUAUUUUUUUCGUGAAAAUUUCAAAUGAGGUUUAUGGUCAUUUAUCUCUAAAUUCAUCUGUGCACUGAAUCCUCAUAGUUUUUGUUCCCCCAAAUAUCAUUGUCAUAAUUUUUUCCUUAGAAAUCAGCACCCUUCACCAAAAAUCCUAAAAAAUAACCCAUGAUAAAUAUUUACUCCCCUUCAUUAUAUGAUUUUAAUAUGUAAAAAAGAAUGAACUAUUCACCGUUUUUCAUUUUUAACAUGUUUUUUAUGCUAUAGUAUUGUAGUAUGAUGUGUAUUUCAAAUUUUGUAUUGACAAACCUUAAAUGUUUACUUAUCAUAGUCCUUUAUUGGUAGAAUGUUGGAUUUGUUGUUGGUGAGAGAAGUAUUGUUGUAAAAUGUAAAUCUAGAUUGCUAAGAAGAGGUUGGACCUGAAUAUCUCCGGACUGACAUUUUGAAUAGUUGUUCACUGUUCAUAUAGUGCAAAAAGAAAAUAAUAUAUUCACACAAAUAAUGUAUUUCAUGUAUUCUAAUAGCAAUUAUCAAAAAAAAUGGAACUAUCCCUGAUUCAAAUAACUGAAUGAAGUUUUUAUUUCUAUGCUUAUCAGUUGACCAUUCUCUCAAAUGAAAUAAUAUUUUCUCCACUUUAACAAAUAUUUAAAGGAAUUCAGUUUCUGUAAGCUGAUAUGUAUACUUACAGGUUUGAGAAUUUUCUGCUUUGCUUUUAUGUU